AAACUUCCAUGAAGGCUGUGAAAAAAGUUUUAAUCCAGAGUCGCGUUCCAGCUCUCUGUAGCUGCAAGCACUGGUGGCUGUACCACUUCCUUACAAAGCAACUAGAACCCAGUGCCUAGGGUGGAGAGAUUGUUUUUUUCAUUUGCUGGACAUGAAAUGAAUUUAGAGUGCUGAUUUCAGACAGAAGACAUGUCUACCUCCUGACAAUUUUUGGAGCAUGGGUACAUUUUAAAUUUUUUUUCAUCUCUCUCCACCCCACCUCACCCCCAAGAUUGUACCAAAAAACGUACCUUGCCUAAUUGGAGUCAUUUGAUUGGAUUUUGAUCAGCACUGAUUAUUUGUUUUUCCAUGUGAAGUUUGGGGGUUUUGAACUCUCCCUCUGGAGAAUGCCUUUUGCAACGAUUUUCUCUAGCUGCUUAAUGUCAACUGUUUAGUAAUCAGUGGAUAUUAAAAUAUUCAAAAUGUACAGAGAGUGGGCAGUGGUGAAUAUUUUCAUGAUGUCUUACGCACAGCUGGUGCAGGGCUCCAGUAAUGAACAAGGACCAGUGAAGUGGUCAUCUCCAAUGUUGGAACGAUCCGAGCAGCAGAUUCGGGCUGCUUCAAGUUUGGAGGAACUGCUGCGAAUCACGCACUCUGAGGACUGGAAGCUGUGGAGAUGCCGGCUGAAGCUCAAAGGUCUAACCAGUCUGGAUUCUCGCUCGGCAUCCCAUCGGUCCACCAGGUUUGCGGCUACUUUCUAUGACACUGAGACUCUAAAAGUUAUAGAUGAGGAGUGGCAAAGAACCCAGUGCAGCCCCAGAGAGACGUGCGUGGAGGUUGCCAGCGAGCUGGGGAGGAGCACCAACACGUUCUUCAAGCCCCCUUGCGUGAAUGUGUUCCGGUGCGGCGGCUGCUGCAAUGAGGAAAGCCUGGUCUGCACGAACACCAGCACCUCGUACGUUUCCAAACAGCUCUUUGAGAUAUCAGUGCCUUUGACCUCAGUACCUGAAUUAGUGCCUGUCAAAGUCGCCAACCAUACAGGUUGUAAAUGCUUGCCAACAGCCCCCCGACAUCCAUACUCAAUUAUCAGAAGAUCCAUCCAGAUCCCAGAAGAAGAUCUCUGUUCAAAUGCCAAGAAACCCUGUCCUAUUGACAUGUUAUGGGACAGCAACAAAUGUAAAUGCGUUUUACAGGAGGAGAAUCCACUGCCUGAAACAGAAGACCACACUCAUCUCCAGGAACCAGUGCUCUGUGGGUCACACAUGAAGUUUGAUGAAGAUCGUUGCGAGUGUGUCUGUAAAACUCCGUGUCCCAGGGAUCUCAUCCAGCACCCAGAAAACUGCAGUUGCUUUGAGUGUAAAGAAAGUCUGGAGAGCUGCUGCCAGAAGCACAAGAUAUUUCACCCAGACACCUGCAGCUGUGAGGACAGAUGUCCCUUUCAUACCAGAACGUGUGCAAAUGGAAAGCCAGUGUGUGCGAAGCAUUGCCGCUUUCCAAAGGAGAUGAGGGCUGCCCAGGGGCUCCACAGCCGAGAGGAUCCUUGAUUCGGCUUUGUUCCAAGUCCCCAAUCCCUGUCACUUAAACAGCAUGCUGCUUUGCCAAGUUGCUGUCACUUGUUUUUCUCCAGAUGUUAGAAAAAGGUCCAUCGCACAUAGUGUCACAGUGAAUCCAGACCAACCCUCCAUUCGGCACCAGCCGAGGGCUCCGUGGAUCACAGGCAGAGGUCUUCUAGCUGCAGAUGCCUCUGUGUACCAAGGGUGGAAGGGAAGGGGACUACACAACCUUUAUUUUUUGGUGCAUGAGCGGUUUGUUCCUUACAGCAUGACAGAAACCGUGUGAUGGAUUACUCAGAGCAGAUGAGGAAACCUUACAGUCUCUCAGUCCUCUGGGAACUGCAGCUCUCGUCAAUUAUUCUGACUCUUUCUUAUGCAGAAUUUGAUGUGUAUGACCCGCACUGACUUUCUGAUUACUGUCCAGCUUGUAGUUUUCCAGUUUAGUGAACG